AUGACCUACGAUCCAGAGAAUGCAAUGGGAGAAGCUAGGGCCGAUGCGCCCGUGGAGGCAGAAAAGGAGCAUGAAGCAACGCAGACCACCGUUAAAGAAAGCACACUAGGUUAUGAUAAUUCUUCCGACCCAAGCAGGAGGGAUUCCUAUCGCCCCACGAAAUUACAAAGUAAUUUGACUAUUGUUAGCUGUUACAUUGCCAAUUUCAGCGAUGGAUUCCAGAACAGUCUUGCCAAUCCUACCAAUGUGAUCUUCAAAAAGCUACUAGGGACGGACGGAUAUCCCUCGGAGAUGCAGACACGGAUUAGCAAUUCGCUCCUAAUCGGUGCUAUUCUCGGUGUGCUCGCACUGGGAUACACAUCAGAUAUGUUUUCACGACGAGCUGGGCUACUAUUCACCUCUGGGCUCGUAGCGAUCGGGACUCUGAUGUCUACACUUGCGCUGCAAGUACACCCGACGUACAACAUGCUCUGGUAUUUUGUGAUAGUGCGAGGUAUCGCCGGUUUCGGUGUUGGAGGCGAGUAUCCUCCUAGUGCAGCAGCAGGAAUCGAGGAAUCAGACGAUUUUAAAAGAAAAUACCGUGGACCACUAUUUGUCUCCUUCACCACACUGAUGGCCACCUCAGCUGCGCCCAUUCAGAUGAUCGUGUAUCUUAUCUGUCUCAUCGCCAGCAAUGACAACCUCCCAGUCACUUUCCACGCCAUAUACUCGAUUGCCACGAUCCUGCCCGUAAUAAUCAUGGUCCUACGUUUCUUCAUGACCGACUCAACACUAUUCCACUACUCGAACUUCAAACGCCAGAAACGACCUCUCAAAUUCUACCUACUCUUACUGAAACGCUAUAGAUGGCGUCUCUUCACCACAUCCCUCGCAUUCUUCCUGUACGACUUCAUCAACUUCCCCAACAGCAUCAUGUCCAGCACGAUCAUCAACUCCCUAGUCAAGGACCACAACAUCCGCACCACCGCAAUCUGGCAAGUCAUCCUCGGCGCCCUCCCAGUGCCAGGCGUGAUCGUAGGCGCCUGGCUAACCAACGCAAUCGGCCGCCGAUACACCGGUAUCCUAGGAUUCGCCGGCUACAUGGUCCUCGGGUUCGUAAUCGGCGGUACAUUCCCCCAUCUAUCGAAGAACAUGCCCGCAUUCGUGGUCCUGUACGGCCUGCUACAAGCCCUAGGUCACAUGGGACCCGGUGCGACCAUCGGAUUGAUUUCAACGGAGUCGUUUCCCACUGCUAUGCGUGGUAUGGGGUAUAGUAUUGCUACGGCGUUCGGGAGGACUGGUGCUGCGGUGGGAACGCAGUGUUUUACGCCGUUGCAGGAAAGGGCAGGGAAACAGUCCACUUUCUAUCUGGCAGGUGGAAUUGCUAUUCUGGGGAUGAUUGUGUAUUGGUUUUUGCCUGAGAGUAGUGAGUUGAAUUUGGAGGAGGAGGAUAGGGACUUGAGUGUGUUUUUGGCUGAGAAUGGCUUUCCUAUGGAGAAAGCUUAA